AUCGUCCCUAAAGUCCGUUCUUAAAUCAAGAGAGGGCCCAAACACGCGAGCUAGUCUUCCUCCUCUUCCUUCAACUCUCUAGGGCUCCGUCUCCGAACGUCACCUCUCCGGCCAUCCAUAUCGCCGGCGAUCGCAGGCUAGCCAUUGAUAUCGGGUCAGGUGACUCUAUAAUGAACUAUAGAUGGCGCAGCUCGAGCAUUCAGGAUGCACCGCCAGAUGAGGGAGAAAAAGAUGCUAUGGAUGAUGAUUUCAGAGAGGACUUUCGACUGCCGAUCAAUCACCGGCCGACCGAAAAUGUCGAUUUGGAUGAUGUGGAGCAAGCAUCCCUGGACACACAUCUCACAUCAUCUAAUAUUGGUUUUAGACUUCUCCAGAAAAUGGGGUGGAGUGGAAAAGGCCUUGGGAAGGAUGAGCAAGGAAUAACUGAACCAAUUAAGUCGGGAAUGAGAGACCCAAAAUUAGGCAUUGGAAAGCAAGAAGAGGACGAUUAUUAUACUUCCGAAGAAAAUAUUCAGCGGAGAAAACUUGAGAUUGAGAUUGAGGAAACUGAGGAGCAAUUGAAGAAGCGGGAGGUCAUAGCAGAACGUGAGCACAAAAUCCAGAGUGAGGUCAAAGAAAUACGCAAGGUUUUUUAUUGUGAUCUUUGCAACAAGCAAUACAAAUUGGCGAUGGAAUUUGAAGCUCAUCUAAGUUCAUAUGAUCACAACCAUAGAAAGAGAUUUAAAGAAAUGAGAGAAAUGCAUGGUGCUAGCAGUCGUGAUGAUCGUCAAAAAAGAGAACAGCAGCGUCAGGAGAGGGAGAUGGCAAAAAUUGCAGAUGCCCGUAAGCAGAAACAACAACAGGAGGAACCUGGGCCAUCUCCAAUUCCAGCACCAACAAGAAGUGCUACUGCACUUGUUGAUCAGGAUCAGCGGAAAGUGUUAAAAUUUGGUUUUUCUUCGAAAACCGGAACCUCCAAGAACUCAGUCAGUAGUGCCCCGAAGAAGCCGAAAGUAGUUGCUUCAGUUUUUGGCAAUGACAGCGAUGAUGAGUAGCAUUAGUCGAUGCUUAAAGCUGAGUUAGUCCAUCUAUUGUGGGCAAACAGGCUUUUGCUGAGGAAGUAUCACCUAUUUUAUGGUGCUCUUGUGGUCUGUAACUUUGUAUUGUUUUAGCACUUUUAAGGACAAAUUCGAACAUGCCUCUUUACUGAUAUUUGUAUCUAAAGAAGUUGUCGUUAUUCUUUCAAUUGAAGGGUACUGUUUGAGAUUU